UCCUCAGACAGAACUUACGCCUCUGGGCUUGGUUGGCUGAGCCAGGCCGGGCUGGCAGAGGGAGAGCUUGUGCCAUAGCCAAGGAGGGUGUCAGUUCAGCCAUGGCUUCAUAAAGAAGCCAGAGUCCCAAGGGGUGCCCAGUCCUUUCCUCUGAAUUCCUCCCCCUGAAUUCCUGUCACUUCUCCUCCUGCCUUGGAGGGCGGCUUCUCCCCCUGGCCCCUGUGUCCUCAGAGGAGGCUUCCUGCUUCCUCCUCCCUCCACAAGCAUGAGUGGGAGGGAAGAGGACUUACUGAGGCUCACCUGCCAGGGAGGGGCCUUUACAGCCUGUUCUGUGCAGUAUCAUCUGUGUCUCUCUGUCUAUUUCCCACCUGCCUGCUCCCUGGGUCCUUGAGGAAGGAAGAGUCGGUUUCUUACCUUUGACCUGUUGUCCCGCCGGGCCAUAAUGUGGCUUAUCUAAAACUCUGAGAGGUGGGGCACCUAGCUCUCCAGUUCUUUUUUAUUUCCUUUCAGUUCCCAUAUUAUAUAGUCCCAAGACACAGUGGCCAGGAACUGUGCAGAGACCUUACACACGGGAUUCUUACAGCCUCCAUUUUUGUUGGUCCAGGCACAAUGCCCACGGUAUUUGAGUCGAUCACAAGAGCUGUGGUUAAAGAGAUGGACACCAGUGGAGAGAUGAUUGCUGUCAGAAGCCUCGGGGAUGCUGACAAAUUCCGCUGCUUCUAUCUGGUGAAGAAGAGGAGACGUUUCUUUGGAUACCAGUAUGUCAAGACAAACCUCACCCUGAAGGACAUCCUGGAGAGUGAAGUACCGUUUGAUAUGGUGGUUCCUGAGUUCCAAGGGGACCUUCCCGAUUCUGGGAUCAAACCUGCUUCUGCUGCAUUGCCAGAGGAUUCUUUGCCACUGAGCCACCUGGGAAACCCUCAUAUCAAGGGUCAAGGUGAUAACUUCGAAAUUCUGGACGUCGUAGACUCAAAGGGAAGUUUGACAGUGAGAUUUCACCCCCAAAUGACAUUUAAAAUAGCAUUCCACAUUUUCCAGGAGAAGAAUAUCAAGUUAGAAAAGAGCGAGAUACCCCAGGAAUUCCUGGAUUCCCUUAAGAACAAGAAGCUGAAGAAGGAACUGCCUCCUUCAUUCCAAUCAAUCCAGGCGAAGAGAGAAGACCUGUAUCUAGUGACAGAAACUCUGAAGACAAAAGAGAAGGACACCCUGAAAUAUGAAACGCAAUUUGAUUUUCAGAGCCUGUUGAAAAUGUUUGGUUUCCAAUGUGAACACAAGCACCAAAAGGAAGUGACUAUCCCCCCUGAGAAGGUCCUGGCCUAUCGGGUAAAGCAGCUUGUCUUCCCCAGCGCGGAGAGGAUGGAUAUUUGUUUCUUGGGCAAAACCAGCUCCUUUCCAGAAGAGAAAGAUGGCGGUUCAUCUUGGUUGGGGAAGUCCUUGAGUUUGGAGAAUUUCCAAAGCAUAAAAGAGAGGGUUCAGGACAUGGUGCGAGUCCUCCAGGAUCUGACUCCAGAGGAGCAAAAAGGGGUGCUAAACUGCUUCACUAAGUGCCUCAGCAGUGAUGAAGAGCUACAGGAUCUAGAGCAAAGAGUGUCUGAGAUCCAGUGCUCCGGGGAGCUACAGAUGAACAGCCCAGUGAAUUCUCUCAUAAGCAGUCUUUUCAACGCUGCUGGGGUCUUGAUAGAGGCACGCGCAGAAACCAUCUGGGAUGUCCUGGAUGCCCUGAUGGAGCUGUCUGAGUACCGGCAGUUUGUUGCUGAGGCCCUAGAUAAGGGGACCCUGCUCCACAUGAAGGACACGGUGGAGCCCAUCCUGAAGAAGAACUGGGGUGAGGGGCCCCUAGAUGUGAGCUGUGAUCCUGAGGCAUGGACUCUCUGUGCCUUCUAUGUUGUUGUCUCCAUCCUGCUGCAGCUGGGUGAGAAGCCCACCUCUGUGUCUUCCUAAGCAUUCGCCCCACCAGCCUCUGAGUGCUCUCCUCCCCAGUCCAUCCUCAUCAUCCCUAAUCUCAAUCACCAGAAUGAUGUCUUUAAAACAAGCUGCUAUUCUUUGAUACAUCCCAUUCCCUACAAUAAUGUCCAAAAAUCAGCUAGAUUGUGGGCAUGAACUUCUGAUUAAAAGUGGGAGACUGGUCAUAUUAA